AUGGUCGCUUACCCAGAAUUUGUUAACGGCGCCCCUCCGGUAAUUACUUUGAAAGAAUAUGAUGUCGCACCAUGGGCUGGUUCCACAUGCGUUGACUCCCAACGAGGUGAGUAUGUUGUGGUAGUGAUGGAAGAACCUACUAAAGUCGUCGCUAGAAUCAGUAAUGACGAUAAGGAAACGUUGGAUAAGAUCUUCAAAUCCGCACAUGCUACACAUGCUCAACAACAAUCCAAGUAG